GUAAUUUCGGAAGCGAGAGCUCAGUUGAGCUUUAAAACGGCGCGUGGGAGGGAGCACAGCGGAGAACGGUUUCCUUGAGGAAAAAUGUUCGCCAAACGAGAAGGAGUGUUGUGGAGCGACCCGAAAUUAAACUAGUCGGUGGGUGCUGAUGGCCUCGGUGGAGUUGCUUUAUAUAAACAAUAGAGGGGGUACACCCGAUCCCCCUGGGGUACUGGACUGGUCUUCUAGUCCUCUUCAGGUCCACAGAUUGAACAGCUCGCUGGAAGAAUCUUCCCCCACUGCUCGUGAGGCACAAUGUAAUUCAGCACCACGGACGGCGCCCAUUAAAGGACAGCAUGGCCACCACCGCCAUCAGCCCACGGAGAAGGUCAGAGUUUGCUGCGACGAGGAGCUCGAGACCUCGUUCACGUACGUGGACGAAAACGUCAAUCUCCGAUUGGCCACUCCGGACACUAGCGAGAAAAGUCCUCGCCAGCUCCACGACUCCACGAGCGAGAUCCGUCCCGACGCGCUGCAGGAGUUAUCGCUGAUGUCCGACAUCGACAUCAGCUCGGAGAGUUCGGGGAAGUCCGUGGAUUACGGAUUCAUUAGCGCGGUCACGUUCCUUAUUACCGGGAUCUCUCUGGUGAUCAUAUCGUACGCGGUGCCACGGGACGUCGGAGUGAACCCGGAAAACGUGUCCGCGCGUGAAAUGGAAAGACUGGAGAACGAGAGCGCCAGGAUAGGCGCUCACCUGGACAGGUGCGUUAUCGCGGGCCUUUGCCUUCUCACUUUAGGCGGAGUGGUGUUGUCCAGUCUGCUGAUGAUAUCGAUGUGGAAGGGCGAGAUGUACCGGAGGAAAGCCUUCGCCUAUUCCAAGCACUCCGCAAAGCUUUACGGCUCAACUAAUCUAAGAACAAGAUCGAGUCCCAGCCGGUCGUCGACACCGCACAGUUUUGUCGAGGAGGAGAAUGGCGAUGCCGUUAGUUGACUAUUAAUCCUUAUAGGACUGCCUAAAAUGACGUUGACCUUUCCAGCAUGGCCAAACGAGCUCGUUUUCUGCCCUCCUAUAAGACUGAUAUGGAUGAACACAAUAUCACGUUACAGAUUUCUCAGGCUCCAGGCAUAUGCAGCAUGAUGAUAUUGCAUUUAUCAUAACGUAACUUAGUGAAUAAACAAAGUUUGGUUUUGUGGCAAGCAGUAAAAUAAGUCUUUGUCUAUACAAAACGUUAAACUCAGAGAGUUGCAACAAUUAAUAAAUAUAUACAGACUUACCUACAGUACUGAAUUAAUCUACUCCUGUUGUUCAGAAUGCUGCUGCUAAUACUGACAAUCUUACUGCCUCUUUAUUACAUGUUCAGAUCCCUGUCAAAAGUGAGAGAUGCUCACCUCAGCCAUUUCAACUAUGUUAAGACGUUACUAUAGCAAUUGAGGGCUAUAAUCUAUAAUUUAGAUACUAAAAAAAGACCUGUGCUGCACUGCAAAAAAUGCCAUUAUUUUCUCACAUGUCCUUGUUAGUUAAUUUGUGGAAAGGUCCAUGCAGAAAUGUCAUACCUUUUCCCUGCAAGCGCUAACAUUUUUAUAAUUAUUUAGUGUGGAUACAGUAGCUGCCACAAUCAUCUGCUUUCGUUUGGACAUUUAAAGCCAUCUCUCUUAGAGAGGAAAGCUUAAGUAUCUUCAUGACAUACAGAGUAAAAACAUAUUAGACCUGUAUAACGAUGCUAAAUAAUUGUGAAGGCUUCUCCAUGCUUACAGGAUUUAUCCAGAGACUGUGAAUUACAUAUACAACAGAUAUAAUGCUGCUGACACUAAUGACGUUUCAUAAAACUCAUAUAACAAAGAUUCA